UAGACUGUGGCAAAUUGGCAAUGAUGAAGCGUUGCCAACUGUAUAACGAUCAGAUCUUAUAAUAACGUUGUCCCAUACAACAAUGUCGACAAUAUGUUUGUGAUAAUGCCAAACAGAAGUUGCACUCCCGUUGAAAUGGCAGGCGAAGAGAAGACGGCGGUGACCGCCUCAGUUCUUCUCCGCCUCGUCCACGACGUCGCUCGUGUCUCCGCCUCGGGCUUCUCUGGAUUUUUCAAGAGAGAAUGCACAGAAUUGGGGAGAAGAGUCUCACUUUUGGCCCAGUUUAUUGAAGAAAUUGAGGAUUACGAGAUAAUUCAAGAAAAUUGUGGAACGGACUCUUCUUCUCUCUCGAAUUCUGGCUUCGUUGAUCUGAACUUAGCUCUUCAGGUUUCAAAAAGACUCAUGUUAGCUGCUAAUCACUUUGAUAACUCCGAGUCCACUUGUGAUGGUGCAAAAAAGAAAAUUCUCUUCCAAUUUCAGUGUGUAACAUGGAAAUUGGAGAAAGCAUUGGAUAAUUUGCCUUAUGAUGAUUACAACAUAUCGGAAGAGGUGCUAGAUCAGGUUGAAUUAGUGAGGUCACAGUUGAGACGAGCCGGUGAAAGACACGACCGCCCUCUGAACUCGAGCUUACCUCAGCCAUUAGACAAAGAGAUUGGAUAUUUACAUGUAGACAAUGUAACCAAAGCUAGCACGAAAACGGAGGGUGUGGGAGAAGGCGUUGGGGCCGUAGAUCAAUUCUUGAACGAGGUUUUGAUUGAAAACGAUGUAACCAACUCAUCCAUUUCGUCUGAGGCUGUUGUCUUUAAGGAAGGUGGGACUCCGGGACUCAAUACCUCGUCAGGCAAAGCAGUAGAGGAAAACAAAAAGCCCGGUUCUGUUUGUAUUCCUGAUGAUCUGCGCUGCCCUAUCUCUCUCGAGCUCAUGAGAGAUCCGGUUGUUGUGGCCACCGGACAGACAUAUGAGAGAUGUUAUAUACAGAGAUGGGUUGACUGUGGCAACACAACAUGCCCAAAAACGCGGCAGAAGCUGCAGAAUCUCACUCUCACUCCGAACUAUGUAUUGAGAAGCCUUAUAUCUCAGUGGUGCCUGAAGCAUGAUGUGGUUCAGCCGACUUCAUUAGUAAAAGGGAGGCUGAAAAGAAGCGAUGGAUCAUUUCGUGAUGCCAGGGGGGAUAUUGCAGCCAUAGAAGCCCUUGUGUGUAGGUUUGCUAGUCGUUGUGUCGAGGAAAUUAGGGCUGCUGUGGCUGAAAUCCGAUUGCUUUCUAAGCGAAGCACAGAUAACAGAAUCUUGCUUGCAGAGGCAGGAGCUAUUCCAAUUUUGGUUAAUCUCUUGACAUGUAAUGAUGCUGAGAUUCAAGAUAAUGCAGUGACCUCGAUUCUCAAUCUCUCCAUCUACGACGAGAAUAAAGAGCUCAUCAUGCUAGCCAAUGCAGUCCCCUCCGUUGUCCAAGUCCUUAGAGAGGGAAGCGCGGAGGCAAAGGAAAACGCUGCAGCAACCCUCUUUUGCUUGUCCCUGGCAGACGAGAACAAGAUAACCAUCGGUGCAUCCGGGGCAAUACCUGCCCUGGUGGAUCUACUCCAGAAUGGGAGCUCAAGAGGGAAGAAAGACGCUGCCACCGCCUUGUUCAGCCUGUGCAUCUAUCAGGGAAACAAGGGACGCGCUGUGAGGUCCGGCAUUGUGGCAGCACUGAUCAAGAUGCUUACAGAUUCGAGCAGUAUGGUUGAUGAAGCUCUUACCAUUCUCUCGGUUCUUGCCAGCCAUCACGAGGCAAAGACAGCCCUUGUGCGAGGCAGCAUGAUACCUGUCUUGACAGAGCUUCUUCGAACGGAGCUGCCUCGUUGCAGAGAGAAUGCUGUGGCUAUUCUGCUGUCUUUGUGCAGGAGAGACAGCGUGAAUCUUGCGUGCCUGAGCAGGCUCGGAGCAGCAACGGCGCUGUCGGAGCUGGUGGAGUCGGGCACGGAGAGAGCCAAGAUGAAGGCUGCAUCUUUGUUGGAACACCUUAGGAGCUGUCAAGAGGUGUGAUCUGAUUCUUCACUCACUCAUUAGUCAUUUGUUCAUUGGAUUUUUUGUAUUAAACGGUGAUGGUUCUGCGAAUUUUUGAUGUUAGUAAAUGCUGGAAAAUACAGAUCACGA